GCGACGGCCGCUCCUAGCCCGGGGCAUCCUGGGACAAGGCCUUUCCGGAAGGAGCGGCUCCGCGUCCCGGGGCUCGGCCCGUUUCCCAGGCCCAGGCCGCUGUUCCAGGCCCCUGCUCAAAGACGGGUCCGUAGCCGUGGCGACGCACCAGGGUUAGUGGAGGGCGAAGCGGGCUGCUCGCUGAGGUGCCCGGCCUCGCCGCCGAGCGAGCCGUGGAACCGCAGGACGUGGCGGCACCUCCCCCCCCUUUGCCGGCAGCGGAACUGCAGGAGGAGCGGCAGCACAGGCCGGACGAGGUGAACCGGGUCACUUAACUGCUUUCAGGUGUUGAAUCAUCUACAUAAUAAUCAGAUUUGAGGUCCACAGCCCUUUGUGGUCCUGCUGCAGAACAAUAUUCAGUGUAUGACUGGUGUGUUCUGAGAGGCGCCACGGCGAUUGUUUGCCCUUGUUGAUAAGGAACGCGAGCUCUCUUGCUCUUGGGACAUCCUCGGUUCCUUUAAAGCUUGCAGGUCGUAACCUCCUUGUCCGGCAUACAUCUUUGUGCAACAGGAAGGCUUUCACAUGAAAGUGUCUCUUGGUAACGGUGAAAUGGGCGUCUCUGCCCAUUUACAGCCUUGCAAGGCAGGAACCACACGGUUUUUUACCAGCAAUACUCACAGUUCGGUGGUAUUGCAAGGCUUUGAUCAGCUUAGAAUAGAAGGAUUGCUUUGUGAUGUGACUCUGGUACCAGGUGAUGGAGAUGAAAUCUUCCCUGUUCAUCGAGCUAUGAUGGCGUCUGCUAGUGAUUAUUUCAAGGCUAUGUUCACAGGUGGAAUGAAAGAACAAGAUUUAAUGUGCAUUAAGCUUCACGGUGUGAACAAAGUUGGUCUGAAGAAAAUAAUUGAUUUUAUUUAUACUGCAAAACUUUCUCUUAAUAUGGACAAUCUUCAGGACACACUUGAAGCUGCCAGCUUUUUGCAAAUUCUACCUGUUUUGGACUUCUGUAAAGUGUUUCUUAUUUCAGGAGUCUCUUUAGAUAACUGUGUUGAGGUUGGACGAAUUGCUAACACCUACAAUCUUAUAGAAGUAGAUAAAUAUGUCAAUAAUUUCAUCCUGAAGAAUUUUCCUGCAUUAUUGAGUACUGGGGAGUUUCUAAAACUCCCUUUUGAACGGCUUGCCUUUGUGCUUUCCAGCAACAGUCUUAAGCACUGUACUGAACUUGAGCUUUUCAAGGCUGCGUGUCGCUGGCUAAGGUUGGAAGACCCUCGGAUGGAUUAUGCUGCAAAAUUAAUGAAGAACAUUCGAUUUCCACUGAUGACACCACAGGAUCUCAUCAAUUAUGUGCAGACAGUAGAUUUCAUGAGAACAGACAAUACUUGUGUGAAUUUGCUUUUGGAAGCUAGCAAUUACCAAAUGAUGCCAUAUAUGCAGCCAGUGAUGCAGUCAGAUAGAACUGCCAUUAGAUCUGACUCUACCCACUUGGUUACAUUAGGAGGAGUUUUGAGGCAGCAGCUGGUUGUCAGUAAAGAAUUACGGAUGUAUGAUGAAAGAGCUCAAGAGUGGAGGUCUUUAGCCCCCAUGGAUGCUCCUCGUUACCAGCAUGGCAUUGCUGUCAUUGGAAACUUUCUUUAUGUUGUUGGUGGUCAAAGUAAUUAUGAUACAAAAGGAAAAACUGCUGUUGAUACAGUUUUCAGAUUUGAUCCCCGGUAUAAUAAAUGGAUGCAGGUUGCAUCAUUAAAUGAAAAGCGCACAUUUUUCCACUUAAGUGCUCUGAAAGGGCAUUUGUAUGCUGUUGGUGGGCGAAGUGCAGCUGGUGAACUGGCCACAGUAGAAUGUUACAAUCCAAGAAUGAAUGAGUGGAGCUAUGUUGCAAAAAUGAAUGAACCCCACUAUGGCCAUGCUGGAACAGUAUAUGGAGGCUUAAUGUAUAUUUCAGGAGGAAUUACUCAUGACACUUUCCAAAACGAGCUCAUGUGUUUUGACCCUGAUACGGACAAAUGGACACAGAAGGCUCCAAUGACUACAGUCAGAGGUCUGCACUGCAUGUGUACAGUUGGAGAUAAGCUCUAUGUCAUUGGUGGCAAUCACUUCAGAGGAACAAGUGAUUAUGAUGAUGUUCUAAGCUGUGAAUACUAUUCACCAACCCUUGACCAGUGGACACCAAUUGCUGCCAUGUUAAGAGGCCAGAGUGAUGUUGGAGUUGCCGUCUUUGAAAAUAAAAUCUAUGUUGUAGGUGGAUAUUCUUGGAAUAAUCGUUGUAUGGUGGAAAUUGUCCAAAAAUACGACCCAGAAAAGGAUGAGUGGCAUAAAGUUUUUGAUCUUCCAGAAUCACUUGGUGGCAUUCGAGCUUGUACUCUCACAGUUUUUCCACCUGAAGAAAACCCUGGAUCACCUUCUAGAGAAUCACCUCUAUCAGCACCUUCAGAUCAUUCUUAGGACCAAGCUGUAAUACUUUUGCAGUGCAUCAUGGAUGAUCCCAUACUUCCACUUCAGUUGUAUCUUCUUACAGUGAUUGGUACAGUUAUUAGAUUAAAGAGGUAAUUGAUGUAAUUUGUAUUGUUUGGCUUAGUAUGUUUAUCAAAUGGUUAACAAUGCAUUUUAAAAAUGUAUUCAACAUAGCUGUUUUAGCAAAUGUAAAAAGAUAAGUAGAACAGUGUUUGUUAGAUGUCUUUUUGUGGUGUUGUGUAAGUCAAAGUUUAGGUGAUGGUAGUAAGUGUAUAUAAUUAUGUUUAUUAUGCUUCAAAGAUGCUAAGUUUUCAUCUUUUAUGUCAAAACAUCAAAGGGAGGCUGCUUGCCCUAAUCUAAAAUAAUAAGCAGAAAACGUCUCCAAGUCUUAAUAGCUACCUCCCUUUUUUCAUGGAGUUUUUGACAGCUGCCAACUCCCCAGAUUGUGUAGGUACAUUCAGAAUACGUGGAGAAGAGUCCCUCUCAUAGCUCAGUGGUUAACAAACCUGACUAGCAUCCAUGAGGGUGCAGGUUUGAUCCUUGGCCUUGUUCAGUGGGUCAAGGAUCCAGCAUUGCUGUGAGCUGUGGUGUAGGUCGCAGAUGCAGCUCGGAUCCCAAGUUGCUGUGGCUGUGGUGUAGGCCGGUGGCUACAGCUCCAAUUCAUCCCCUAGCCUGGGAGCUUCCAUGUGCUGCAGGUGCAGCCCUAAAAAUUCAAAAAAGACAAAAGUAUAUGUGGAGAUUAUUAGUAGACUGGAGAAAUAAUAAAUUCAAAAAUAUUUACUCAAAAAAAUAUUAUAACCCUAAAUCAGGGUUUCAUAUCUCUUUCUAGGGAGAGGGAGAGAAAAAAAAUACAUGUGCAUACAUGCACAUGCAUACACUUAUAUAAUUUUAAAUUCGAUUGGUACUUCAGUUAUAGUGCAGUUGUUUUUAAAUUUAAAUUCUUUUCUUCUACCCAGCAGCUAUUUUUAUUCAAAUGGGAAUUCAGUACUAGAGAAUAAAUGUCUAUAUGUAGUCUUAAUGAAUUGAUAUAAAUAAGGGAUACAACAUUAAAUUGACCACCAAAUUUGUCAUUUGACUGAAUUGUUACUACAGAUGAAACUUGUAUUAUUUUUGCUGUUUGUAUAUUGUCUUCUGUAGAGUUGCAUAUAUACAGGUUAUUCAGCAAAGUUCAGGUCUCAGAGAAUUGCUUUUGCUCAGUAAAUUUAGGCCCUGCUACUUUCCACCUUUUUGUUCAGUAAAACUUAUGAUAUGAAAAAGGCAAAGAUAUAUGUUGAAUAAAGCUAUAUAGGAUUUUAACUUCAGUCUCCCAACUUAGUCUUUCUAACAUGACUAUCUAAUUUGAAGUGAUUGCCCUGUGCUGCUCCAGCCCUUGUGCAUCCUGAGCUUUGUGUGAUCUGCCUCAAGGCUAUGUGCUGUUUUGUAUCCAAUCAGAAAGAUGUUUUGGCUAUGUCUAAAGCACAGGACCAAUUUCAGAUUCCUCAAGGAGGCAGCUAUAGAAAGUCUAGGCAGCCUUUUCAAUACCAAGCACAUCCCUACUGGUCGAGAACCACAUGAGGAGAUCUAAUGGGAACUUAUCAGCAAAUGGAAUCACAGCAGUCCUCGAAAGUGAGUGAUUCUGAAAAGGUACUUUCCUGGAAUAAUUGUCUACCUGAAGAAAAAAUUAUAUAUGUACAUUUACAUGCAUAUAUAUUUGUAUUCCUAUACUAGGAGAUUGUCAUUGUGUAAAUCAGGAACAACCUUCUCUUUAUUGACAAUCUCAUAAUAAAACUCAGGAACCAGGACAAAAAGGAAUUGGUUUCAAGGGAUCUGAACCAUACUGCCCGUACAGGUGUUGAUUCAUUUUAAUGUUUUUAUGAUUUCUGCAUUGGCAGAAAAUUUCACACUUCCUGUUUCUUAAUGACUCAAUUUAUCACCGAAAAUAGCACGUUUGAGUAUAUUUAGGAAAUAGAAAAAGUAGAAAUUGCUAUUUGUGCAUUGAAUAAGCAAGAAAUAGCAUCCCAAUUAUUUCCUUGAUUGAUGAGGUUAAAUAUUUGUGGUUUUUGAGUAGCUGUGUUUCCCCUUUAAUCAAAUGUUAUGUCCUUUGCCCUUGUAACACCUAUUGGAGUUACUUUCUUUUUCAUAUCAAGUAACAGGAUCUCUUUAUAUAAUAAAUGUAAUCUAAUGGCA